GUUUGGACCUUUUGCCUGUACACGACCAUUCUCUUGCCUAUCCCUUUUUGGAUUAAUAAACAUCUAAGACUCCAACUAUCUUCCCCCUGUGUCUGCAUGUGGCUCUCGCCUUGUGCCCUUAUACAUUACAUUGUCAUACAUUUUAUCUCCAGCCUGUAGGCUACAGAAAAGGCCACAUACUCUUUCUACCAUAUCCUCUAUCUGCUACAUGAAUUACGUUCUAUUAUUUUUGGGGGAUGGAACGUUGGUGGAGCGCCGCAGAGAUGCGUUUCGCUGACAGCACCCUGGAGCUGGCGCCCCUGCCUUUGACAAAGUGGGCGCUGCUUAUCACAGGGCAUCAACACUCACCUAACUAAAAAUCCCUUAUGCCACUGGUUGAGAGAACUUGCCAUUUGUUUAGGGCAGAAUUGUAAGGUUUUACAUGUUGUUGGAGGUGCAUAUUGGUCAGUUUAGCUCAGAAAAGGCCGCCCUCGUCAAUCUGCCGCCGCAGGCGGCCGCCUAAUCCUGCCUAAUGAGCGGGCCUGCCAUGAAUCAGACUCUCAUGUAAUUUGUUUUGAUAAUCUGAUAUCAAAACCUAAACCUCGAUCAGGCCUCCCCUGCCAAAAUAACCACAGCAAGUUGGGGUAUACAGUACCUUCAGGCUAUGGACAGCCUCUCCACACAGCUCACAUACAUGAGCUAGAAGAUAACAGGUACAGGUACAUAUAUACAGAUGACCCCUCCCUAUGGACCAUACCCCAUGGAGCUCUAUUCACCAAAUGUACAUAUCCCGGCUAAGUAGACAUUUAAAAUGUUCCUGGCUCAAUCUCAAAACAGGAACACUUUUAACAAAUGAAUAUACGCUUCACAAUAGUUCUGCAGGUCAACAGGCCGAAAAAUGUAGGCGUAUUACUAAUGAGCCGAGCACUUGCGCAGGCUCCCAUUAGGAACGAAUGACGUGCAUGGGACUAGAGCGAGUGCCCAUUUGCACCUGCACAUCCCAUGGACUUGGAGGAUUGCAAAUGGUUAGACCUAAAUUACUGCACUCAAAUAUGAAACUGAAAAGGCCAAAAUGUGACUUGACCAAACAUUAAAGGGGCAAUAUGUUUUCGGGCAACCUGACCAAAUUCACAUUGAAAUAAUGUGUUAUAGAUCUGUAAUUGUCAUUUAACAUCUACAAAUGGUUAGAUCUUUUCUAUGGGCGGUAUUUCUAUGCUCCCUGUUCUUUAAUUUAGUUUGGGCUUUUACUUUCGGUUUUGUGCACCAGCUUCAAACAGCUGAAAAUAACAUAUUUUUGGUUAUGUAAAAGGUAUUUCAGAGCGGUUUUGAUUGUACAAUGAUUCUCUACACUAUACUUGCUUAUUUUGUCACAAAAACUAAAUAUAAAAUAUGAACGCUCCAAACCAUUUAUAAGGGGAAGUAAACAAUGUGCCUUCCAAUGAUAAGAGUGGCAAGUCAGCUUCUUCACACAGUCCUUUACAUAUGCAUGAGAGAAGAUGGACCUAGCAAUGGCCCCAGCUAGCAGGCAGAGGGACAUUCUGUACUACAACUGUGAACCAGUGUUGCCAGACACUAUUGACACUUUCCUGCCCAAUGCACAAAAAAAGUAACAUUUUUUUUGCCAGCCCAAUGACAAAACAAAUGUUUGUAAAACUGCCCAAUCUGGCGAAACUGCUGUAAACCCUGGAACCAUGGAACACACCGUGAACGACAGACACAACAAGACACUCUCGGAAACAGCAAGCCUGCAUUGGGAUUUCCAAAAACAAGUGAACAUAUUCAAGUGAACGUAUAUCACCUAUACCUCAAUUCUAUCCACAACGUUCUAUCGCUGUGAGAAAUCCCUAACUGUAAGAUUCAUUCAGCUAGAGUGGAGAUUAUUAUUUGUAGUGUGGUUUGACACAGUGGGUUAGACAAAUGUAAAAAGCUGUCCUACUUGCUCUCCUAGAUUCCUGUGAUGUCAUUAGUGGCGUAGAGAUUGCCAAACAACAUGCCACAGAGGAGCACAGCGAGGCAGUUUUUUUUGUUUGUUGUGUUGUGUGUUCUGUGUCUAUGUGAUUUAUUGUGACAGUUGGCUCGGUGUGCUUGGCAGAGGCGUUUGGUGAUCGUGUUUGGUGAAGGACAUAACCAAAUUUGGCUAUUUUCACCUGGCAAAGAUGGACAAAGGCAGCAUGGGCCCCAAGAAGACUUUCGUGUCCACUUUUCGCAUGGAUUUUAAGCCUGCCGCCCCUCGGCAGUUUGUGUUGAAGGGGAUCAAGAAUGACCUAGAGGACAGGGACACUGCUCGGGGGGGUAGCAGCAAGCAGGGAACCAUAUCAACAGAUAUCACCUCAAAGAGAAGAGUCUCCACUGAAAAGGGUCCCCUGCUGGAGUUUCUUGACCCCCAAGAGCAGUUGGAGGUGCGGGUGGGAGGGCAGGCCAGACUCCACUGUGCAUUCAGGAGCUGCAGUGUUCCUGUGGCUUCCUGCUGGAUCUACAACAGAGAGCAGGUGGUUGCAGGCGGGCCGAGGACUCGUGUAGAGAGCAGUGACACUGACAGCAGUGUGGAGAUAUCUCAGGCUUGUCCGGACGAUGCGGGUACAUACACUAUAUUGGUGCGGAAUCGCAGGGGCUUGGCUCAGCACACAGUCACCCUCAGUGUUAUCGACCGGCCUCACCCUCCAGCAUCUAGUCCCAUGGUCUCCCAGCUCUCCUCUUGCUCCCUGGUCCUGUCAUGGUCGGGGCCCAGCUACGACGGGGGCACUGCCGUCACAGGCUACGUGGUGGAGGUGAGACGAGAAGGCACUGAGAAGCCCGAGGACUGGACUGAGGUGACGACCCGCUGCAAGAACACCUCGUACCGGAUCCGCUCAGUCCUGGAGCCCCUGGGGGAGUACCGCUUUCGCGUUCGGGCCUACAAUUUGGCAGGUGUCAGUGAGCCGAGUGAGGUGUCAGACUGUAUCAAGAUGGACACCAGAGGAGAGCCAAAAGAGGAAUCCCAAUCGUAUGUGACUGUCACCAUUGACACCACGCACAAAGUCAAGGAUCAUUACAAUGUGCAUGAGAAGCUGGGAGUGGGGAAGUUUGGCCAGGUGUUCAGGCUGAGUCACAAGGAGACAGGUCAGGUGUGUGCAGGGAAGUUCUACCGGGCCCAUAGCUCCAAGGCGAAGGCUGUGGCGCGCAGGGAGAUCGAGCUGAUGAACUGUCUCCACCACCCUAAGCUGGUGCAAUGCCUCGGGGCCUAUGACACCCGCUCCGAAAUCAUCAUGGUGAUGGAGUACAUUGCCGGCGGGGAACUGUUUGAGCGCAUCGCGGACGACAACUUUGAGCACACGGAGCCUACCAGCGCACGCUACAUGCAUCAGCUCCUGGAGGGCAUGCAGUACAUCCACCGGCAGAACAUUGUCCACUUGGACCUCAAGCCAGAAAACAUUGUGUGCGUGGACACCACGGGCACGCGGAUUAAGAUCAUCGACUUUGGCCUGGCAGCCAAGCUGGAGCCUGGUACUCCACUGAUGGUGAUGCAUGGGACACCUGAUUUUGUGGCCCCUGAGGUGAUCAGCUACGAGCCGGUAGGGCUGGCCACUGACAUGUGGAGCAUCGGAGUCAUCUGUUUCAUCUUGCUGAGCGGUGAGUUGCCCUUCCAAGGUAACAGUGAUGCAGAGACCCUGAGCCUGGUGACGGCUGCCCGCUAUGAGUUUGACCAGGAAAGCUUCGAGGACAUCUCGGACCAGGCUAAAGACUUCAUCACCUCUCUGCUCAAGAAGGACACAAGGUGUAGGCUGUUGUGUGACGAGGCCCUGGCCCACCCCUGGAUGGCCUCUUUUACCCUUCUGGUCCGCCGUCCCACCAAGUCCCUCAAGAAGGACAAGAUUUGACGUUUCUUGGCCAAGCGCAGAUGGAAGAAAACAGGCAAGGCUGUCCUGGCGCUGCAGAGGAUGGCCAACCUCACCAACGGACCCGACUCUCCUGGCAGCCCUGGGGAGGAGGCUAGCUGGAGCCCGGCGGCAGAGCAGGCCAUCCAGACCCUGGAUCAGGAGCUGCAGAGCGAACCCCGCUUCCAGCAGGUCCUAAGGGACACCAGCCAGCCCCGGGGAUCUUCCGCCCGCCUGGCCUGCCGCGUCCAGGGCUACCCCGAGCCGGAGGUGGUGUGGUUUAAGGAUGAGGAGACCGUGGAGUCAUCGUCGAGGGUCACCAUGGAGUACGACGGCAUGUGUGAGCUGGUCCUGACUGACCUGGGACCUGCCGACACUGGGGUUUACAAGUGCAGAGCUACCAACGACCUAGGGGAGGCGCUGUGCUCGGCCAAACUUACCGUGGAACUGUAGCCUGAAAACACAAAACAACAUCUGGAUCCCUAAUCUCCACCCAUUUCCCCAAAGUGUGCACUUUCCGUUAUGGAUUUAACAAUGCUGGAAACUCCCUAGUAGCCGAUGAUAACACCAAUCCAAUGUGUUGAAUCCAUAACGGGAAGUGUGGAAGUGCACACUUUGGGAGAAGGGUGCAGAAUCGGGAUGUAGCCAACAAUCAAUGUUGGGGAAGCUACGCUGAAAAGAUAGUUUCCCAAACUACCAAUUACUUCACACUGGAAGAAGUUAAGCUACAAAUUGCAAGAACCGAUCACUCCUGUUAAUAGAAUGUUUUUGUGCUUAAUAGGACAAAUUACACAAAUGUUUCAAGUGAGAAUUAGACAGGUCUGAUGUCGAAAAAGAAAGGAAAUUACCUACUUCACCCAUAUUUUAGCAAAAUAAGUGUGUAGUAGUUAGCUUAAUGGCGAAAAAAAAGUAAUUAACUGCUGAAAACACUAUCAAGAUUUUAAUUUAGCUUAACUACUAUCAAGCUACUGCAAAAUAUAGUUUCAUUGGCAGUUUUUUGACCCUGGGAUAGAUUGACCACUGUCGGUCAUGUUUCUUUCCCAUCUCCUAGGACUUCCGAUCAUUGCAAGAUGUAGGAGAGAUGAGAAGGCCACUUUAGACUUGAGAUACGUUCAUUGUCCAACUGUCCACAGAUGUCAAGGGUGGCUCAAAGACAAUAGAAUACACAAUGGACUGAACUGAGGUCUAAAAAAAGUCACAGUAAAGCUUAAUGUAUAGUAAGGGCAAACUAAGAACUUUCCAUUCACUUUGAUUCAGUUGUGACACUUCAUUUGAUACACUAACUUUCAAUAACAGCAAAGUACAACGCUUUACCAAACCCCUCGACUUUUUCCACAUGUUGUCACAGCCCGAAUUUAAAAUUGAUUAAAUGUAGAUUUUUUUGUUGUCGUCACUGGCCUACACACAAUACCCCAUAACGUCAGUGGAAUUAUGUUUUUAUAAACGUUAACAAAUGAAUGAAAUGCUGAAAUGUCUUAAGUAUUCAACCCCUUUGAUAUAGCAAGCCUAAAUAAGUUCAGGAAUAAAACUUUGCUUAACAAGUCACAUAAGUUUCAUGGACUCUCACUGUGUGCAAUUAUAGUGUUUAAAACUUAUUUGGGAUAGGGAGUGGUAUUUUGAAAAGCGUGCCCAAAGUAAACUGCCUGUUACUCAGGCCCAGAAGCUAGGAUAUGCAUAUAAUUGGUAGAUUUGGAUAGAAAACACUCUAAAGUUUCUGAAAUAAUUGUCUGAGUAUAACAGAACGGAAAUGGCAGGCGAAACCCCGAGGACAAACCAUCCCCCCAAAAAAGAAUUUCGUCCUACCACUGAUUUCAAUGGCUGGCACUUUUAUAAUAGGGCGAAAUCAUGCCCAAUUGCAGUUCCUAGGGCUUCCACUAGAUGUCAGUCUUUAGUUUCAGGCUGGUUUUUGGAAAAAUAAGAUAAUCACAUGGUUUACUUUCGCCGUAAAGCCUUUUUGAAAUCUGACAAGGUGGCUGGAAUAACAAUAAGUUAAGCUUUGUUUUGAUGUAUUGCACUUGUGAUUUCAUGGAAGUUUAAUAUUUAUAGUACCCAGUCACGACAAAGAUACAGGUGUCCUUCCUAACUAAGUUGCCAGAGAGGAAGGAAACCACUCAGGGAUUUCACCAUGAGGCCAAUAGUGACUUUAAAACAGUUACAAAAUAAUGGCUGCGAUAAGAUGGAAAACUGAGAAUGGAUCAACAACAUUGUAGUUACUCCAAAAUACUAACCUAAUUGACAGUGAAAAAGGAAGCAUGUACAGAAUAAAAAAUAUUCAAAAUCAUGCAACUAGUUACUAAAGUAAUACUGCAAAAAAAAAAAUGUAAUGCAAUUCACUUUUUGUCCUGAAUACAAAGUGUUAUAUGUUGGGAAAAUCCAAUACUACUGAGUACCAUUUUCAAGCAUUGUGUUGGCUGCAUUAUGUUAUGGGUUUUUCUUGUAAUAAUUUAAAACUGGGGAGUUUCAGGAUAAAAAAAGAAAUGGGGCUAAGCAGGCAAAAUCCUAGAGCAAAACCUGGUUCAGUCUGCUUUCCACCAUACACUGGGAGAUGAAUUCACCUUUCAGCAGUAAUAAUCUAAAACUUAAGGCCAAAUCUAUACUGGAGUGGCUUACUAAGAAGAAAGUGAAUGUUCCCGAGUGGCCGAGUUACAGUUUUGACUUAUAUCUGCUUGAAAAUCUGUGGCAAGACAUGAAAAUGGUUGUCUAGCAAUGAUCAACAACCAAUUUGAAAAUAAUAAAAAUGGGGAAAUGUUGGA